CUUGUUUAUUCUCCUGAAGCUCUGCCGCCCUCAGUGAAAGACAAAGACAGAGUUUAUUGAAGGACAGUGAGAAGAUGAGUGAUCCAGAACCCUGCAGAGUUAAACAGGAAGAGACUGAAGAACUAAUAGGUGUGAUGGUGAAGGAGGAGAGUGAAGAACUGAGUGAAGAUGAGGAGAAACAUCAUGUCAAGAGUGAAGAAGAAACUCAGUCAGAGACUGAAGAUAGUUUUUCAGUGGAAAGAACAGCUGUGAAAGGUUUCACCUGCACUCAGUGUGGAAAGAGUUACAGCCGCAAACAAACUCUCAAGCUUCACAUGAUGAUCCACACUGGAGAGAAACCAUUCAAGUGUUCACACUGCGACAUGAGAUUCAAUCAUCCAGGAAACCUGAAUUCACACAUGCUGAUCCACACUGGAGAGAAAACACAUAGAUGUGAUCAGUGCAGCAAAACAUUUUUGAGGCCUUCAGAUCUAAAGAAACAUCGUAGACUUCAUACAACAGAGAAGCCUUAUUCAUGUUCUGAGUGUGGAAGGAGUUUUACACGACAGACAGAUUUAUCACAACAUAAGAAAAUCCACGCUGGUGUAAAAGAGCAUGUCUGCUUUGAGUGUAAGAAGACGUAUACUACAGCUGAAUACUUGAAACGGCACCAGAGGAUUCACAAUGGAGAGAAACCUUAUGAGUGUUCACACUGCAACAAGAGAUUCAGUCAUUCAGGAAACCUGAAUUCACACAAGAUGAUUCACAUUGGAGAGAAAAAAUACAAAUGUGAUCAGUGCGGCAAAACAUUUUUGAGACCUUUAGAUCUAAGGAAACAUCUUAGAGUUCAUACAAAAGAGAGGCCUUAUUCAUGCUCUGAGUGUGGAAAGAGUUUUAGACGACAGAAAAGUUUAUCACAACAUCAGAAAAUCCACACUGGUGUGAGAGAGUUUGUCUGCUUUGAGUGUGAGAAGACGUUUACUACAGCUGAAUACUUGAAACAGCAUCAGAAGAUUCACAUUGGAGAGAAACCUUUUGAGUGUUCACACUGCAACAAGAGAUUCAGACUGGCUGGUACCCUUAAAUAUCACAAAAUGAUCCACAGUGGAGAGAAACCGUUCACAUGUACUCAGUGUGGGAAAGGUUUCACACAAAUAUCGCACCUUAAUGAACACAUGAAGAUCCACACUGGAGAAAAGCUUCACAAAUGUGAUCACUGUGGCAAUACAUUUUUUAGGUCUUCACAGCUGAAGAGACAUCUUAGAGUUCACACAAACGAGAAACCUUAUUCAUGCUCUGAGUGUGGGAAGAGUUUUACACAGAAAUCACAUUUAAAAGACCAUCAGAAGAUCCACACUGGUGUGAGAGAGUUUGUCUGUUCUGAGUGUGGGAAGAGUUUUAUGAAAGCUGCCGACUUGAGACGACAUCAGAUGAUUCACACUGAAGAGAAACCGUACGUGUGUUCACACUGCAACAAAACAUUCAGACAUUUAGGAUACCUGAAAACACAUGAGAGGAGUCACACAGGAGAGAAACCGUACACAUGUACUCAGUGUGGGAAGAGUUUCGCACGAUCAUCAACCCUUACUGAACACAUGCUGAUUCACACUGGAGAGAAAACACACAAAUGUGAUCAAUGCGGUAAAACGUUUUUGAGGACUUCAGAGCUGAAGAGACAUCUUAGACUUCAUACACAGGUGAAGCCAUAUUCUUGAUCUUUGAGAGAGAGUUUUACACCUCAGGGAUGCAUUUUUUCCAAACCCUUCUUUUGCAUGAUGCUAAUCUCGGGUUAUUGGUCUGAUAACCCAGUCUGUUGUGAUUGGUCGACUGCAUUCAACAUGAGACUGAUAGGAAACGCCCACCACAGCUUAUCAAGAGUAAGAGAGCACAGAUGUGAUCAGCGUGUGGAGUCUUACAGGUCGGCUUUUAAACUGAGCAUCUCAGAAGAUCUGUGUCUGUGCAUUAAGUGUGUGAAGGCUAUUAUUGAAGCUCAAGACUGAAACUGCAGGAGAGGAUUCAGACUGAAGAGAAACCGUAGAGCUUUGGCCACUCGUCUAGUCUACUCAGACACGCAAACACAAUCAGUUUGUGUAAAAGUCUUCACCAGCUUUAGGAUGAAGAAACAUCAUCUAAAGUUUUGACAGCAGCUUCAUUGUGGGAUUCAGAUCAGCUUAUAGAUGGAGUUCCUCACCAAACAACAUUAUCUGAAGCUUUUAUUAUUGUCAUCGUCUGCCAUUUUGCCUCCUGCAGAGUUGGGUGUACGGCGUCCCACAGUAAUGAGUUACUGUAUUCUAAUGACAUUUUGGGGGGACGCAGUAAUGUAAUGAGUUACAUUUUAAAUGUGUGUGAUUUGAUUACAGUUACUAAAGUCUGUGUAAUUGCGUUGCUUACAUUACAAAUAUAGACUUUAGAACGGGGGUCUCAAACUCAAAUUGGUGGGGGGGCAUUCUGACAAUUCGUAUAAGAGCCGUUUUAACAUUCAAGCAUAAGAAAAAAAGUGACGUAAUUGGUGCAUCUUAUUAUAACAGAACUGAUGUUUAUAAUUCAAGCAUUGCCUGUCACAAAUCACAAAUAUCAGCAUGUUUUUAGCUUCACACCACUUCUGAAAUAUAUCUGUGGCUGUUUAAAUUAGCAUUUUGACAUUUAAAUAUUCAUAAUAAUGAUAAUUAUAAUUAUUAUUCUGUCCCAACCAAUUGUUGCUUUACCAAAAGUUCAACAGGUAGCGUAAGAACUGCAGAAACAGUUUGGGUAACUUUACUGACUUUACUGGCAAUAAAAUUACGUAUAUAUUCACAUUUACUUUAACAUUUUCAAUUUAACCAGUAGUAAAAUAUACAUAGUUUUUUAUGCAAAGGAGGACAAUCUAUUAAAUGAGACCGUUUGAAUUGAAUAUUAGCAGAAAAGCAUAUUUGUUACACCACCAGCGUAAUGUGUAAGCCAUGAAAAAGUGUUGAAUACAGGCGGUGUAAAACUGAUAAUAAUCAAAUGACCCUUGAAUAUUUACAAAAAUAGAGCUUUAGUAAAAAUAGAGCACUUAUGGACAUUUGAUUUAAGUCAGGCACAGAAAUAAUCUGCAUGUGGGUUACUCUCAACCACACGAAAAAACGAAAGUAAAACUAAAAUAUAGCAUAAUAUAGUGCAGUACUGUAAACGUCCAAUAGGUGGGGGUCAAAACCACAAGUGGCUAUAGGCACAACAAUGAUAGUGAUUCAAAACAUGUUUUGGGGGGGCCGAAUCUUAGUAUAUAUUUUUUAACGUCAGUUGUGCGGCAGGGGCUGGACAUUUGAGACCCUUGCUUUAGAAGAAAAAAAGCUUCUUUUAAAUCACGUUUUCUGCUGCAACAUCAGUUAAUGAGCAUGCAAAUUUUUUAAUUGUUGGAGAACGCACGCUGAAAUGGCUGCUGACGAGAGAGGCUGCUUUUCCAAGAUGAAAUACAGACAUCACUUUGAUUUCAUUGAGCGUAAAAACUAAAAUAUUGCUGUGAAAUGCAGUCUAUAACCAGUCACUAAAGAACUUUACACUGCUUUUAACUGGACCAGCAGCUUGUUCAAGCACUUGAACAGAAAGCAUUCAACAACAAUACUUUCACCAAGGAGGACACCGGCGCCCAAAAACAAGGCAGCCCAACUCUGCCUAAACAGGCUAAAUUGGAUUUUUGUCCAGGAUCGGGAGUGAAGGUAUCUUCUGAAUGUGAAGAGAAGCUUAGCUGCUUAUGGGGUUGUUCACAUAUCACGUCUUUUGCAUGCGCAAGUCAUUAUUUCUAAUAGAGGCGCAUGGCUUGCGCACACAUAUUCGGAGCGCAUAUUGCUCGCGCUCGCAUUGUAAAGAUGCGUUGUAUGGAAUAUACACAUUUCACUAGACUAAAUACCUCAGACAAACACAGAACAACCGAACACUGCAGUGCUUUUGCAUAUGAUGGAUGUUAAUGCGUACAGGCAGGGCUUUACAUUAACACCCGCCAAAUGCGGGUUGAUUUUAGCUGUGGCGGGUUAAACAGCCACCUCCACUAGCCACUUUGGCAGGUUGAUUGAAAAUAAUUUUUAAAUUGUAGUUUUCUUAAAAGCAGGGUUCGACAAUAAAGAUGACCCAAUGUUUGUGCAAAUGCAAAUGCAAUUGUAGAAUCGUGAAGCUGCAUGUCUGACGAAUAUAACUGCAAAAGAAAGCCGGUUGAAUACCGAAUGAGAGGAUAAUCACUCACGCCAAAAGCGACUGUUUAAAACAUGUGCGCGCUCCCGUUUCCUUGCUUGAAACAACCGUGCCUGGAAACACAACUAGUGUGAUCUGUUCUCUUUCAAAUAGGCUAGACAAAAAGUUUUGCUCAUGCACCCACAGUCCUGCUGCUUUCAAGAGCUCCAGAUUGGUCUUUUUGUAAGCAGCACCGGUUGCUUUCGCUUUAACCAUUAUUUGAACAGGAUACAGGAUAUUAACUUCCCAUGUAUGUGUAGUUAACUGGAGUCAACUGUUUUUUUUUUAAGAAAUGUAUAAAAAUAAAUAAAGUAUAGUCUACAGUUAUAUUUUGCUUGUUUUGACACAUUUCAAAUUUGUGGCUAAGAAAUAAUUAUUUAUAUUUAGCGUGGAGAUAAAUUUGGUAAAUCCUUUGAGCUCUGAAAAGUGGUGUGAAAUAAAAACUAAUUGUAAAACAACACUAUGAAACCAUAACCCAUUUGCUCAUGCUCACUGUGCAAGCUCAUACACAACAUAGGAAGCACGUGGACGUUCCUCAAAAUCUAAAUCAAGUCAUUUUAGCAUGUCAAAGUCAUAUUUAUGCAUAUUAAAUAUAUUUUCCCAACAACAAAAUUGUGGCUAGUGAAAAUGGCGAGUGGCUAGUGAUGUUGGAAAAUUACUAGCCACACUGGCUGGUGAUCAAAAAAGGUAAUGUCAAGCCCUGUUCACAGGUAUACAGUUUUCUUCUAAAUGUCUUCUUUUGUGUUAAAAAAGACGAACAGGUUUGGAGCGAGUGAAUGAUGAGAGAAUUGUAAGUUUUGGGUAAUCCAUCUCUUUAGGUCUUGUGAAUAUGUCGAGCUGAUGUGAUCAACCCAUUGUAAUGUUUUUCAGUGGAUAUUAAAUUACUGAAAGAGCUGCA